AGUUGGGCCCUGAUAUCUGUGAUGUAGUAGCCAAAUUUAUCCCAUAACAAUAACGAAAUUCCCAUUGUGUCCUGCUGGAUUGACAGCAGUUCAUAAAUAAUGUAAUAGUUAUAUGGUGCUGAGGAGAAGUUUGUGUGUUUUAACAUACUGCUAAACAUUUACGUUGAAAUUCUAAUGUGAUUGUGAGAUAACAGUUGCACUUAUGCUCACUGGCUUAAUGAGCCUAAAUAGUGGUUUGAGGUUUGUGUAAGGUGGGUGGGAGUUCUGUUGCCUGUCUGUGCUGUAGCUUUUGUUAAGUGGAUGUUCCCAUUUGUUUAACAAGGAGCUGGUUUUGCUCUCAUAUCUCUUGUUGCAGUAUUAUUUCUUCACAUGAUCCUAUUCUGUGUGUCUACCUGCACUGCACACAGACAUAGGCCCUCAAAGGACACAGAUUUAAAGUACAUAGUAUCACACUGUGUGAACAUUUAUUUAGCUUUUUUUUUUUCUUUUUUUUUAUCAAAUGAAAUUUUAUUUUUUUUAAAAAUGUUUUAGAAAAAAAGACACAUUUUCAUUGCUGUUCUUAUUGUGUGCUUAUUUGAAACUCAAUUUAAUUGAUAGGGCAAAAAUAAACAUGAAGACACAAUUUCUCAAGUAGGUGUAGUAGAGCCACAAUCAUUUUUAGAAUGCACAAAGGCCAAAUAAUGAUCAUGUUCUAAAGGUGUUAGGUGUCAAAAGUGACUUUUUUGAUGGUUUUAUUGCCUUUUAUUGUUGGCUGCAUUGUUAGCUUUAUUUCUGCAUAAUAUAUUUAUUUCUGCAGAUGGUAUCUGUUAAAAAGCUGUCUCAUAAAAUAAUAAUUUAUUAAAUGAAAUUAGCCACAGUAUUUUUUAUUUAAUAACGCGUGCCAGGACAGACUCUAUAUCAGAGCUCAUCAGUUCUGAGAAUUUACAUUGAAAUUCGAAAUACAUCCUGAUCUUUAAUAAGGUAUAAAUUUCAAGAACUGACACUUAUGCAAACACUUACGGCAAGCUAAUGUCCAUCUUUUACAACUCCUAAUAUACUGUACAUGGGCUAAAGCAGUGGUCACCAACCCUGUUCCUGGAGAUCUACCUUCCUGAAGACUUUAGUUCCAACCAUAAUCGUGCCCUCCUGACCAUCUAAUCAUUGCUUCAAGAGGUUCUUGAUCAACUAAGACAGAUGUGUUAUAUUUUGCUUGGAGAUGAAACCUGCAGGAAGGUACACCUCAAGGAAAAUGGUCAGUGAUAACUGGGCUUGGGCAUAUAUUUAAAAAAAAUCUUAAAUAUCAGCUGGACUUGUUUACAGCAAUUGUCUUACAUCCUUGAGAUGGCAAUGUGCUGUAUUAUACAAUAUAUCAUGUGCAAUCACAUAAUCAUGGCAAGUUCAGUGAGCGUGGUGUGUUGUAUCUCUGAAGAACACUUUCAGUGAUGAGAGAGAGUGCUAGCACCUUGCAAUACUUUAACACUUCGAGUGUGCUAGUGGAAAUACAUAGAGUUUAGUAUCUAGUGUAGAUGAAUGAGUAUAAGAGAGAAUGGUUUACGCAGAGUAGUGUAGAGUAGAACGCAUGUGUGCAUGACAAAAUGCAUUGCAGUAAAAGUGGUUAAAACAUCUUUGGGGUUUUUUGUUUUUUUUUUGUAAAUAAAAUAAAUUCUUGUUUGUAAAAGAAGCACACUGAAACCCAUUGCCCAAUUUAAUUGAUUUACUGUAGAUGCAUGAUUAUGACAGGGAUAAUGCGGAAAUUUUUUUUCUGCAUAUGAUGUCAAUGAGAAAGCUCUCCUAUAAAUCCUCAGCAUUCAUUGAAAUAAAGCAUAUGAAAGCCAAAUCGAAACUGACCCUAGGUGCUGGUGAAAAUUAAUCUAGCCUUGAGAUAUUCCUCUCCAUGAGACCACAAAAAGAUCUAUAAUUUCUGACUUACACUUUCUGACUGACAUCAUACGCAGAAAUAGGCUCAUAAAAUCUGUCACAUUAUGCCUGUCAUAAUCAUUUACCUAAAACAAUUAAGUGGGGGAAUGGGUAUAGGUGGUACAGUGAGUAGCAUUGCUGCCGCACAGCUCCCUAGUCUUGGGUUUGAUCCUGAGCUUGGUUUACUGACUGUGUGGGGUUUCACAUGUCCUCCCUGUGGUUGUGUAGAUUUUCUCUGGGUUGUCUGGUUUCCUUCCACUGUCCAAAAAUAUUGAGGUAUGUUGAUUGGCUAUACUAAAUUACCCCUUGGUGUGACUCUGUGUGUUAAUCGUGACAAACUGCGUCCUGUGAUAACGGAAUUGGCCAGGAUCCACCAUGAUCAUGACCAGAAUAAAGUGGUUACUGAAGAUGAAUCAAUGAAAUGGUUUACAGUACAUACAAUAAUUUCUUUUCUUCACAAUUUUUUUUUUUUUAUGUAAGCAACAUCUAAUGCAACACAUUUUGUCACAUGCUGUAUAGCAACACUAAUGUAUGUAAAUUAUUCUCUCUUAUACAGUACUUCAUCUACAAUGGAUACUUCACUCUAUGUACUUCCACUAUCACACUUGAAAGAGAGCCACCUUUCAUAUUGGAAUCAGAUAUGGUAUAAGGUGCAUUUGUCACAAUUAAACCUUGGAUGAAACCUCCUGUAGUUUAAAUAGCUGUGCUCAUUAGGUGACACCAAUCUUCUCUUUGACGAUACAGAUAAGAAGAGUUAAUUAACAGUAGUUAACUUAAAUUAGCUUGCAAUUAACUCAGUUAAGUACCACCAGUGUACUCAUAAACUAUCACCCCUUAGUGGAAAUUUAUGCCACUGUGCAACUCCUGCCUGGUUCACCUCACAGCUAGGUGUUAAAUCUGACAUGGCCACUUGAUUUCUCUUUAAGCACUGCCUUUACAAAGGGUGCACAUGAUAUAGUGUGUAAAUGAUGUGAGGCACAAGGUAAAGUAAGGGGGUUGAGCGAGAAAGCGAAUGAGGGAGGAAGUGAAAGACAGGGACCCAUUAUAGAGUAGAGUCUAGUCUAGUGCAGCUGUCCUCUAACAUUCCAGGCGUGUCCUCAGAUCAGCGGCGUGAGGUUCAGAGGCAACUGUUCACACACUCUUUCUGUUUAUCCGCUCACUAGGGCAUCAAAUCCUCUUUAUUCGGACCCUUCCUUGGCUCACCUCUGCUCCCAUUCCGGCCAGUUCAGGGCCCGAAGCUACCACCAUGGCAAACCAGUACAACAUCAAUGAGGAGAAGAUCCUGAAAGACAUUCAUACCAAAGAGAUUGACUUGAUCAACAGGGACCCCAAGCAAAUUAAUGAGGAUGUCGUGAAGGUAGAUUUUGAAGACGUGAUUGCCGAGCCUGAUGGCACACACAGUAUGGACGGAGUGUGGAAAGCCAGCUACACCACCUUCACCAUCUCCAAGUACUGGUGCUACCGCAUAUUGUCUGCUGUCUUUGGUAUCCCAGUUGCGCUUCUGUGGGGAUUCUGCUUCGCCUGCAUCUCUUUUUGCCACAUCUGGGCCGUCAUGCCCUGCAUCAAGAGCUACCUGAUUGAAACCCAGUGCCUGAGUCGAAUCUACUCGCUCUGCAUCCACACAUUCUGCGACCCCUUCUUCGAGGCACUCGGCAAAGUAUUCAGCAGCAUACGAGUGGCACUUCGCAAGGAAGUGUAGGGGUCACAAAAACAAUGUUCACAAUGGCUGCCAGGGAAAUUGGGUGUUCUUUUGGUUUCGUUUUAUUUUUUUAAAAGAGGCCAGAUGGGCUUAGGCCUCAUCCCCAUUGCCUUUAUAUGAAUAAAAACUAGGUAGAUGUACAUAAUGGUGACUGAAUGCUGCUGCUUAGACAUUUUUUUUAAGGUGUGGUCAGAGGUAUUCAGGCAGUUCACCUUGAGUUACUCACGUGUUCAGAGAAAUAUUUAUGUUGAAGAGUAUUUGAGAGUUGACAGCGGAUGACAAGUCUUAUGCGUUUAUGUGAUAAGGCCUUCUCUCUGUGUACUAAUUAAAGAUUAUUAUUGGGUACAAGUUUAUUUCUUUACUGUAUUCCUGUAAUGUUAAAAAAGAAUGAAAGAAGAUAAAAUUGCUUGUGGAAUGAUACAAUCCUUAUGUUCUUGCCUUUAUAAAUUAGAUAACUAGAGAUGUAUUGAUUUAUCACAUACAGUAUGUGUGAUUUGGACCGUACACCAAAUAAAUAUAUCUAAGAAAGUCAAACUGUCCUACUCUUCUUCAAUUAAUAUUUUUGUUUCUGAAUCUAAAUUAUCCUGAUUAUCUUGAUAUCAACUUUAAUUCAUAUAAUAGAGUAAUAAUGGAAGCACGGUGGCUAAUAAUGGAACACUUUGCCUCGCACCUCUGGGGUAGGGGUUUCAAAUUCUGCCUCUGCCCUGUGUGUGUGGAGUGUGUGCUUUGGGUACUCCGGUUUCCUCCCCAGUCCCAGACAUGCCUUGUAUGCUGAUUGGAAUUUCUAAAUUGUACGUAGUGUGUGCGUUUGUGCCCUGAAAUGUUGCAAAAUGUUCCUCCAGCUGUUUCUUUAUUAGUAACACAGCCUUUUGUUGCCCCCGUACCAAUGUUUUAGAUACGUGUUGCAGCCAUCAAAUUCAAAAUUACCUUUUUUUUUUUUUCCUUUUUCUUAAAAUGGUACAUUUCCUCAGUUUAAACAUUUGCUUUAGUUUACAAAAGGUUGAUCUCUGUUAUAUUGUGAAUAACAUAUGGGUUUAUGAGAUUUGCAAAUCAUUGCAUUCUGUUUUUUAUUUACAUUUUACAGUGCAUCCCAACCUUUUUGGAAUUGGGGAUGUAAAUAGAUUUAUGUUAAAACAGUCAGUCACAGUCACAUUUGUUAUGACAUACACUUUAUUUUCAAUAAAUUACUCCAUGUUCUGACUUAUAUUAAUAGUAAAUAUGACUGCUUUUUUCAGAAGUAAAAUUCAGUAGCCUUUUGACUGAGAAAAAAAAGGGUCUGUAAAGCAUAGAAUUCAACACUGAGACAUAAGUAUAAUCAUUGAACAAUCUUACUGCUGUAUUAAAAAAAGAGACAUUAUGACACUCCUUUGUUGUUGGAUAAACACACUAGAUGUUCUCCCUUCAAAUAUCUUUUUUUUUUUAGGGAAACAUUAAGAAUUUUACUUCAGUUAUCUCACUGGGGUCAU